AUGCCGAUCUAUUACAAGAAAGUUACAUCAAAUGACGUGAAUCUCAUCGAAAAGGGCAACAAAUCGUUUACGUUUGGUAUCAAACGCAAGAUCACCAACAAUAGGUCCAACGGUUCUAGCGAUGGACUUGAACUCAAUCGCAUCUAUACGCCAACCACCAGAUCAGCUGACAAUAGAUCGCAAUCACAGUCGCUAAUCGGCGAACAAACCACUGGCAGAAGUCAAAGUUUUUCCAUUGAAUCCAGUCGUCUGAAGUUCAAAGACUUGGAUGAUGACUACGAUGAAAGGAUUAUCACUAAAUAUGGAUCACUGGUUGUAACCAAAUUGGACGCCAUCAGCAAUGGCAGCUCCAGUAGCAGCAGCAGCACUGGUACCGCCAAUAAUAAGCCAGUGAUCCUAACCUAUCAUGACAUCGGACUGAAUAGUUCGUCAAAUUUUGAAUCAUUUUUUAGUCUAUCGGAAAAUCGGUUACUAUUGGAAAGUUUCCGAGUCUAUCAUAUAACAGCUCCGGGACAGGAGUUCAAUGCCGACGACUUGCCCUACAAUUACGUCUAUCCGACAAUGGAUCAGUUGGCCGAACAAAUACACGAUGUAUGCAAACAUUAUGCCAUCCAGUCGUUCAUCGGUUUUGGUUACGGUGCCGGCGCUAACGUAUUGAGUCGGUUUGCGCUUAACUGUCCCGAUAUGGUCGAGGGAUUGUUUCUCAUUCAUCCAUCAGCAACGGCCAGCACAUGGACUGAAUGGAUAUACCAGAAACUGAAUGUCCGACAAUUGCUUAACGGCGGCCAACAAAUAGUCAACGAUAGCUGUUUGCCUCAAUCGGUUCAAAACUAUCUGAUGUGGCAUUUGUUUGGCGACACCGAGUUUCCCGAUCGGGUUACCGACGAUGAGGCGGUUGAUAUGUAUCGCCGAUACUUUGGCGGCCAAUUCAUUAACAAACGAAAUCUCGGUCUGUUUAUCGACGCGUAUAUCGGACGGUCAGCGUUGGACAUCACGCGCGACGAUAAACAACGCAACUUUCGGUGCAGUGUUGCCGUGAUAUGUGGCCAGAAUUCGGCACAUGUGGACGAAUCGGUCAAAAUGAACAGCCGAUUGUUGCCGAGCGACUCGACAUGGAUUAAGUUGUCGGAUGCGUCGAUGGUCUUAGAAGAACAGCCGCACAAAGUGGCCGAAACUUUUCGGCUGUUUCUCCAAGGAUUGGGCUAUACGUUGAAAGCCUAUCGGAAAAAGAGGGCUCUAAUGAUGGGAAUGUCGAUGCCAUGUCUGGCCAGCUCUCGGCUUAGCUUAUAUGGUGGUAGCGCUGGCGGCCCGUCAACUGGUGGUCACAGUUCGGCCGCGUUUCCCGUGAUUCAUGAGAUUUAGACAUUAAUUUCGAUUUUAUUAAUUGUUAUACAAUUUUAAUACACUUAAUAAUUAUUAGAGCAAAUAAUAAGUUAUUUUUGUUAUUGUUUUGACAAUCUAU